AUGGACAGCUUGGGUAACAGCAUGGACAGCUUGGGUAACAGCAUGGAAAGCUUGGGUAACAGUAUCGACAGCUUGGGUAACAGUAUCGACAGCUUGAGUAACAGUAUGGACAGCUUGGGUAACAAUAUGGACAGCUUGGGUAACAGUAUGGACAGCUUGGGUAACAGUAUGGACAGCUUGGGUAACAAUAUGGACAGCUUAGGUAACAGUAUGGACAGCUUGGGUAACAGUAUGGACAGCUUGGGUAACAGCUUGGACAGCUUGGGUAACAGUAUGGACAGCUUGGGUAACAAUAUGGACAGCUUGGGUAACAGUAUGGAUAGCUUGGGUAACAAAAUGGACAGCUUGGGUAACAGCAUGGACAGCUUGGGUAACAGCAUGGACAGCUUGGGUAACAGUAUGGACAGCUUGGGUAACAGUAUGGACAGCUUGGGUAACAGUAUGGAUAGCUUGGGUAACAAUAUGGACAGCUUGGGUAACAGUAUGGACAGCUUGGGUAACAGUUUGGAUAGCUUGGGUAACAAUAUGGACAGCUCGGGUAACAGUAUGGAUAGCUAG